AAACUGACUAAGUUGACAGGUCUACUGCUUCAAGAUACUCUAGUACAAGUUUGGGAUUCUGCUACACUGGGACAGCUGGCUGCUUCACUUCGGUCUCUUGAACUUAUCAACGUAGGUUUGUUUGCAUGGCCAAGCUGGAUUUCAGACUGUCAUCUGCUAUACAGUAUCAAGUUAAGCAGGAACACCCUGAGAUCUAUCCCUGACGAUGCUUUUAAUUUUGUCGAAGACAAGUUGACUUAUCUAGACCUUUCUGUGACCGGCUUGACUCAAGUACCAAAAGCGCUGUCCUCACUCUCCCGUCUGGAAACGCUAUACUUAAGCUACAACAACUUGACAGAUGCGUCUCAAAUCGACACGAUAACUGGGGCACCAUUUGCUUCAAAGCUUUCUUAUCUAUAUUUAAACUCAGCAGGACUUAACCGUGCAGCAAACUUCUCUAAUCUGACAAUCCUAAGAACCCUUAGCUUAUCUAACAAUAAAAUAUCAGAUAUACCUGCCGGCUCACUUCCCACAUCUCUGACGAUGUUUUAUUUUUCAGACAACAGUCUCUCGAAUGUACCAAAAGAUGUCGCUAGCAUGUAUGGGCUUAUAACGUUAGAGUUAACUAACAACUUCAUUACGAACAUCGAAUCAAACUCAUUUCCUUCAAGUCUGAAGUACAUCUUCUUGGAUCGCAACAAUCUAACUAUCAUUACAAACACAACUUUUAGAAAUCUUGGUGUGUUAAGCACUCUAAUUUUGAGUUCAAAUCCUAUUUCAGUAAUCGCACCAGGGGCAUUCUCAGAUCUAGUAUCAAUUCAAUCCCUCCGCCUUUUAGACUCACAUCUGACAGAAGUGCCUCUAGCUUUUACACUGUUGAACCCAUGGACAGACAUAUACUGGAGCACGGCCCAGCCUUUGUCUUGUCCAUGUCCAACGCUCAAAAAGCUGGUUCAGUGGUACACCUCACGGACAAACGCUGGGGACAUUGAAGCAACCUGCAGCAACAACCAGUCUAUUGACGCAUAUUUACGAGGUCAAUGUUUGCAGACAUCGGCCACUCCUUAA